AUGUAUAAAUCGCCCAACGCAUCAACCAGUGUUAUCGCCACGCUCGGCCCUGUCAGUGCUAACGCCAAAACCAUCGCGGCGUUACUUGAUGCCGGUGCCAAUGUCUUCCGCCUGAAUUUUUCUCAUGGAGAGCACGAGGUUCACGAGCAGACGUACCAACUCAUUCGUGAAGAAUCCAGCAGGCGCCAGCGCGCCAUUGGCAUUUUGCAGGAUUUACAGGGACCGAAGAUCCGCGUGCGGCGUUUCGUCGAUGGCAGCGUUGAGUUAGAAGAUGGCGCAAACUUCACGCUUGACUGCGGCAGCGAUGAUCCGGGCGACUCAAAUCGCGCUGGUGUGAGCUACCGGCAACUCUAUCGCGAUGUAUCGCCAGACAUGAUGCUGUUACUGGAUGAUGGCAAAUUGGCGUUACGUGUGACCGAAAUUAGCGGCAAGAUGAUUCACACCGAGGUGAUACGCGGCGGUCAGCUGUCUGAUCGAAAGGGAAUCAAUAUUCCUGGUGCCGAUUUGAGCAUUCCCGCACUAACCGAGAAAGACAUUGAGGACCUGGCAUUCGGCGCAAAGCUGGGGGUGGACUGGAUAGCAAUGAGUUUCGUCCGGUCAGCCGAAGACUUGCGGUUAGCUAGAAAAUCUAUGCAGAACAAUGAAUCGACCGCCCGGUUGAUGGCCAAGAUCGAGAACCCGGCCGCCGUGACACGCUUCAGCGAGAUUCUUGCCGAGGCCGAUGGCAUUAUGGUUGCUCGCGGCGACCUCGGCGUUGAACUAUCGCCUGAACAAGUGCCCAUGGUUCAAAAACGUCUCAUAAAGGAGGCGCGAGAAAGCGGCAAACCGGUGGUGACAGCGACACAAAUGCUAGAGUCGAUGAUCACCAAUUCACUGCCCACACGCGCCGAGGCCAACGACGUUGCCAACGCGGUCUUCGAUGGCAGUGACGGCAUUAUGCUGUCGGCAGAGACCGCGACCGGUCAGUACCCGGUUGAAGCUGUUGCGCAAAUGAACCGAAUCGCGCUGACCGUCGAAGCCGAUGCCACCUACCGCGAAGCGAUCAGUCAAUCUCUGCGAGCUGAGCGCACGGUGUUCGAUUCGGUCGCACAUGCUGCGUGCCAGGUCGCCAGAGAAGUUUCGGCAAGAAUUAUUGUUACGUUCAGCGCUAGUGGGUCGACCGCUCUGCGCGUUGCCCGUCAUCGCAGUUUACAAGACAUCCUCGCGAUCACACCCAAUGAAAUCGCCUAUCGACAAAUGGCAAUGUCCUGGGGCGUGCGACCAAUGUUGGCGGAAGACAUUAAGAAUUCCGAUGAGAUGGUCGCCGCAGCUAACAAGGCGAUAUUGGAAAGCGGCCUCGCGCAAAAAGGUGACCGCUAUGUCAUCACUGCUGGCGUGCCAUUUGGCGUGUCCGGUAGUACCAACCUGAUUCGUGUUGAGACGGUGAGUUAG